GCCGCAACAACGAUGAACAAGCCAACUGAACACGAUGCAGGAGGUGGUGGCGGCGGCGACGGAGAUGUGGGCGAGGACAGGAAUGGGGAACCAGCAGCAGCACACCCACCAGCACCAGCCACCGGGAGAGGUGACAGCACAGCCACGCCAUCACAUCACAGCAACAAAAACAGCACCACCACCCUUGCCAACGACACCGAGCAACCUGUCGGAGACAGCAGCAGCACCAUGAUGAAGCGUGAGGAAGCCGCCUCCGACGACACAGCACAACAACAGCAGCAGCAGCAGCAGCAGCAGCUUGGCGAGCCAGCGGCAUCGACAAAGGUGAGGCGCAGCGGGCGACAGCGCAACACCAUCACUUCUUACGCCCAGUUUGAUGUGGACGAGAGCGACUCCGAGGACCUCGAGCCGCCGGAGUUUGAUAUCGUGCAGAUUGUCGAAGCCGAUGCGUAUCCGACAGCGCAGGUGGUGGCCAUGAACAGCCGGAACAUGACGCCAGAGCACAUCCUGCGACAUGGCCUCACCAACCCGCUGCUGUUCACGGAGCGGGACCACCUGGACAUGAAGCUGCCGCCAGCCGAUUUUACCAUCAGUCAAGUGCGUGACGCCGUUGGCGCCAAACGGAAGCUGGAUGUGCUCAACGUGCAGACUCAGGAGGGCGAGAACAUGACCAUGCAAGCGUUUACGGAGUACUUUGCGUCGCCCAACAAGACGGCGCUCAAGAAUGUGAUCAGCCUGGAGUUCAGCAGGACGCGCCUGGACCCGCGCGUGCAAUCGCCACGUGUUGUCCGACACAUUGAUCUCAUUGACAACGCCUGGCCACCAGAGAGGAAGCAAGCACAGCGCGAUCCAACAAACAACAUCAAGACCAUGAAGUACCCAAAGGUGCAAAAGUAUUGCCUGAUGAGUGUUGGUGGCUGCUUCACAGACUUUCACAUUGAUAUGGGCGGCACGAGCGUGUGGUACCACAUCCUGCGCGGAUCAAAGAUAUUCUGGGUGUGCCCACCAACGGACCACAACAUGCGGCUGUUCAAAGACUGGACGCGCUCGCACCAACGCCGAUUCUUCGGCGAUCUCAACCCCGAGCACUUUGGCAGGAUCGACCUCUCGGCCGGCAACACGUUCUUUAUUCCGAGCGGGUGGAUUCACGGUGUGUACACGCCCGAGGACACCAUCGUCUUUGGUGGAAAUUAUCUCCACCCGUUUGCUCUCGGCAGCCAGCUGCGCGUCCUCCACCUCGAGAACCAACUCAGAGUGCCGAGUUCGCAGCAGUUUCCGUUCUUCGAAGAACUCAUGUGGUACACUGCGCGCCAGUACGUGCGCCCGCUGCUGUGCUCCGUCAUCGCUGGUUUUGGUGCGCGCGUGUGUGCGGCGAAAGAGGCGGCAAAACGGAUGCGCGCAGCGUGGCGUCGCGAGAUGAGGACAAAGGGCGGUGCUUUGCCUGCAAGCACGGAUGGAACAGCGCAGGUCAAGCGCCGGCGCAACAAGGGCGCACCGAAGUGGCUGUUUGGGCUCGAACGUCCAAUCAGUGAUCUUGAAUGGGACGGCGCAAAGGAUCUCGCGUCCACCCUCGACACCUGGCUCUCAAAGCAGAAGCACCGCCGCCACAUCCCAUCCGAGAUUGGGGACGGGCAACUGCUGGUUGCGACGCUGCAGGUGCUGUGUCUACUUCACUCGUCUCUCGUUGCCGCGGCCAGCACGGAUACCACUGACGUCAAGGCGCAGGACCAUCAGACUGCUGUCGAUGGCGGCAGCGGUGGUGGUGGUGGUGGUGAGGACGAUGAUGGUCUUGAUGAAGAGCAGCUCGCCAGCCUGCACGCAUCCGUGCCGCCACACUUCACAUACGUGCUCCUUGAGCACGGUGGGUGCGGUGUGCGGACGGCUGCAAAGUGCUGGCACUCAACACCAGCUGUUGUUCAGGCGGGCGUACGGGCACUGCUUGAUGGACUGCCGCCACCGCCACCUGUCACCACACCACCAUACCCUCCGCUUACGGCGGGGGAGGAGCAAGAGGAUGCACUGGUGUUGGCGAGGAUGGAAGCCGUGAUGCGAGGCGAUGAACACACUGAUGUCGGUGAUGGUGGUGAUGGUGAUGUCAAGGAGGAGGAAGCAGAGGGCAAGCAGGCGUUGGAGGCGCGGGGACAAGACAAGCGCAACAGCAACGGCAGAGGCAGAACCAGCAAGACGGUCAGCAGCAGCUGUGAGAGCGGUGUUGGCAACACGAACGACAGCGCCGAGAAAGAGGAAGAUGAUGAGGAAGAAGACGAGGAGGAGGAGGACAGUGAUGAGUCCGAAUCUGAUGUUGGUGGCGCCAAUGAUGACAGCAGCGAUGAGGACUACGAAGGAGAAGGAAAAGGAGAAGCGUCUUACUCCAGUGAUGAUGAUGAUGAUGAUGAUGAUGACAGUUGUGGUGAGGAGGAGCAGGAAGGCGAUGGUGGUGACACGAGCACGACCACCAAACACCAGCCGUCAUCACCAUCAUUGCCAUCACCAUCAUCGCGUCGUGCCCCACGCCGCCGUCGCCGCACGAAGUACGAGCGUCCAGCGUGGCGACCCACCAGCGACCACAUGCAGCGCGUGCGUACACUGCAGACGAAACUCAAGGCGCGCGAACGGCCGCAGCACACGCUCACGGCCGGGGAUGUGCAGGUGCAGUCGCCGCGGGUCGCGAGCGCGUCGCUGCAGGAUGUGAUGCGGCGGUUUGGUGUCAAGUUCACGACCAGCGGGGCAGCGGUGGUGGCGAACAAGUCGAAGCAUGCGCACGUGGCCACCAAGGACGGUGGCAGGGCUAGAAAUGAUGGUGGUGGUGGUGGUGGUGGCGGUGCUGGCAGGGUUUGCGGCACAGGCACACGACCACCACCAAGGCAAUCAGCAACGACAACAACAGCAACAGCAACAGCAACAGCAGCCAGUACAGCACAAGCAACAGCUAUGACACCGGCCGAUCGUAAGCGACGAGGUGGUGGUGGCGGGUUUGCGUUUGGCAGUUCCACGUCGCUCGCAGCACUGUCAAGCAUUUCCAUCGAUCGCACAUGCUUGCACAAACCAGCAGCAAACGGGGACAACGAUCCAAGUGCUGGUGAUGCAAGUGUUCGUGGUGGUGGUGGUGGUGGUGGUGGUGACAACAGCAGGCGAACACAUGCACGUGGAAGUGUUGGGGCCACAACCACCUCCGAGCAGCACGGACAACAGCAGCAGCAGCCGCGCAAACAGCGGCAGUUUCGUGACGGCCGUGGGAAUGAGAGCAGAUUCGGGCGCAUGCACGUGCGCACUGAGACCGACCCCAAGACGAGGCGUGACAGCAACACGCGUGCUGGUGGUGGUGGCAGCGGUGGGCGGUGGGUGAAAGGACCGGCCCAGCCAUCAUACAUGGACGACAGGCGACGGCAGCAACACAUGGACGAAGGUCAUGGCACCCGCCACUCCCGUGAACCUCACCAUCACCAGUCAUCUCACCAUCAUCGGCACCAGCAUGAUCACCACCACCACCAUGAUCAUCAGCAGUCAUCUCACCAUCACCAUCGUGACCAUCGUGACCGUCAGCAGCAGCGGCAGUCUGGAGCGCAUGGUGGUGCCUCACAGCAGGCCCACAAGCGGUGGAAGAGCAGUGACGCGCACGCGUCGCACAUGACGCAUGCACGCCACCAUGCGCCAACAGCCUCUCAUCAGCCCGUGGGUGGUGCCACAGAGCACUUCCACCCAGAGCGACAACAACUCCUGCAGCAGCAGCAGCAGGAGGAAUAUGAGGGUGAGCACAUGCAUGCUUCUGGCCCUUACAAUGAACAGCAACACCGUGAUGGUGACCGCUGCCAUCAGGCCUCAGUCCACGACAACCCGUAUUUCAACGCUGCGCAUGCUCGCGUGAAUGCACAGCAGCCAUCGUACCCGUAUCCGCCCCACACCACCGCCCAAUACGCUGCUGACCAGUACACGGACUACCAUCACCAACGCCCACACCACCAAGACCAACGCCAGAACGAGCACAAGGAGUACCAGCAGCAUGUACAUGCUGCUCAUUAUGACAGCGGGCAACGAGUCGGGUACACAGCACCCCACCACGACUACCAGCACCAGCAAUACAACUAUCCACCGUUCGGGCACGACCACGCACACGUGCACCCACAAGACUACGGCAACCAGCAGACACACUGGUAUGGGACCGCUGGCACCCACGAUGCUGUUGUUUAUGGCGACGAUAAUGGUGGUGGUGCUGGUUAUGGCGUUGGUGUUCAUGGUGAUGACGGUGCUCCUCGUGACGGUGCUCGUGAUGAUGAUGGUGCCUAUGAUGGUGCCAAUGAUGGUGCCAAUGAUGGUGCCUAUGAUGGUGCCUAUGAUGAUGACGCCCGCGCCAGCCGCGUCGCCGCGUCCAUUCAACUCCUCAACGACCUCCUGUCCUGAACUCAUGCGUGUGCAUGUGUGCAUGCG